GACCCAACUGUGAAAUCAACCUGGAUGAGUGUGCCAGCAACCCGUGUGAUUAUGGCAAAUGUGUGGACAAAAUCAACGGUUACGAAUGUGCCUGUGAGCCAGGAUACACAGGGAGGAUGUGCAGCAUCAAUGUGGACGAGUGCGAAAACAGCCCUUGCCACAACGGGGGCACCUGCCGGGAUGCCAUCAACGGCUUCACCUGCCUGUGCCCGGAAGGCUUCCAUGACCCGCUGUGCCUCUCGGAAGUGAACGAGUGCAGCAGCAACCCCUGCGUCCACGGGAGAUGCCACGACGGGCUGAACGGCUACAAGUGUGACUGCGACCCGGGCUGGAGUGGGACCAACUGUGACAUCAACAACAACGAAUGCGAGUCCAACCCGUGUGUGAACGGUGGAACCUGCAAGGACAUGACCAGCGGCUACCUUUGCACCUGCCACGAGGGAUUCAGUGGACCCAACUGCCAGAUCAACAUCAACGAAUGUGCCUCCAAUCCUUGCUUGAACCAGGGAACGUGCAUCGAUGACGUUGCUCGCUACCAGUGCAACUGCCUUCCGCCCUACACUG